AGCAGCCCCGAGCCGUGCCCCUCCUCACGCCCGGCCCGGCCAUGGCGACGGCCCCCUCGCAGCAGAAGGAGAACACGCUGCUGCACCUCUUCGCCGGAGGGUGUGGAGGCACUGUUGGUGCUAUUUUUACUUGUCCUCUAGAGGUAAUUAAGACCAGACUUCAGUCUUCAAGAUUAGCUUUACGAACUGUCUACUAUCCUCAAGUUCAGCUGGGGACCAUUAGUGGAGCAGGAGUGGUCAGACCAACAUCAGUAUCACCUGGACUCAUACAGGUUCUGAAGUCAAUUUUGGAGAAAGAGGGACCAAGGUCACUUUUUAGAGGCUUGGGUCCAAACUUGGUUGGAGUUGCACCAUCAAGGGCUGUCUACUUUGCAUGUUACUCCAAGGCCAAAGAGCAUUUUAAUGGCAUUUUUGUGCCUAACAGCAAUGUCGUCCACAUUUUCUCCUCUGGCUCUGCAGCUUUUAUCACAAAUACCUUAAUGAAUCCUAUAUGGAUGGUUAAAACCCGGAUGCAGUUAGAACGGAAAGUGAGGGGUUCCAAACAAAUGAACACUGUCCAAUGUGCUCGUUAUGUUUACCAGACAGAAGGCAUUCGUGGAUUCUACAGAGGAUUGACUGCCUCGUAUGCUGGCAUUUCUGAGACCAUAAUCUGUUUUGCUAUUUAUGAAAGUUUGAAGAAAUGGCUAAAAGAGGUCCCAUUAACCCCUUCUGCAAACGGAACUGAGAGAAGCAGAAACUCCACCAAUUUUUUUGGACUUAUGGCUGCUGCUGCUAUCUCCAAGGGGUGCGCCUCCUGUAUCGCUUAUCCGCAUGAAGUGAUAAGAACCCGACUUCGAGAAGAGGGCACCAAGUAUAAGGCUUUCAUUCAGACUGCCCGCCUGAUAGCACGAGAAGAGGGCUAUCUGGCGUUCUACAGAGGACUCUUUGCCCAGCUUAUCCGGCAGAUCCCAAAUACUGCUAUCGUCUUGUCCACCUAUGAGCUCAUUGUGUACUUACUGGAAGACCAUACGAAGUGACAGGCCAGGAAAUGGGCAUUAGGAGAACAACUAAUUAGAAACUGCCGGGCAGUUUCUCAUUAAUGUUGAGAGUGUUUAAGAGACUUAUGCAGGAAUGGCUGAAACAUCUCUGGCUCUUAUCACCUGCUGGACUUUUCCUUUUGGAUUCAUGCUUUCUGGAAGGUUUUAAUUCAUUAACGUUAAUAGUUAAUUACAAUUUUUUUAACUUAAGAAUUCAGAAUUAAGCAGCUACUAAAUUAAAUCAUGCUAUUUAAUUUAAGUAUAAAUUUUGUUUGUGUCCUUUUUUUAUGUUCAUUGUACUGUCACAUCAGGCAUUAAUUUAUUUUAGUAAAAAUGUGCUCCAGAAGGAGAGCUGAUUUGUAAUCUGCCCAGAUUUUACCCUGCUGGUGUCAGUCAAACGUCAAUGUUGAGGAGCACGUGGACCAGAACAGAUGGGGUCUUGUUUUUUCCUCUGUUAUGUUUCAUUAUUUUUUCAUGCUGCUUAUAACCCAGGCUUUCAGACUGCUGAGAUCAGCAAAAAUGUUCAGCUGUCUGGAAAGAAACGGUUUAGAAUGUGAAAUUAUUUUUAUGGUCUUGUAGCCACAUCCCGUCCUCACUUCAUCAAAAGCAUGAGUCUGCCCCUUAAGCCCAUAGGCACACCUCACCCCUACAGACCUGCCAAAAAUAAUUUUAUAAGUUGAGCUUGGACUAAAACCACAUGAAGACAGCCCCUUGAGAUUGGCUUUGAAUGUAUAUUUCAUAGUCUGGUUUUCUAACCAUUUGCUUAGAUCUCUAAGAGAAACUCUGUAGGACAAGGACAUUUCUUUCCACUGAGGCAUUUCUGUUGUGUCCUAGAAGUUAAGAUAUCUUGGGAAAUGGGUGGAAAAUUAACUGCUAGUAAUGAGAGCGUCAGAAAAGGGCAUGCUAGUUUAUACCACCUCUUUUACAUGUGCUGUUUCAAUGUAAUAUAUAAAACCAGUCGACUUCAUUUGAACUAUGAGAGGUCAGUCAUGUCGAAAUUCAGUAAUCUCUUCAUACUUGUAACUAGGAUUUUAAUGUUUUGUGCUAAGGUGGUUUUCAAUUUGAACGAAUAGCACGGUUGAUGUUUGUGACUGCCAUGCUUGAACUGUUUAGAGUUGUAAUUUAUGAUGAUUUGCAGAUGAUCUGGAGAGGGUGUUUUCAGCAGAUUGCAUUAAAAGGUUACUUUUUCUCCUUC